UGCCCCAUCCGUUGCCACUCUCCCAACAUACGCAGGCCGUCUCACCAGCUCGUCGUUAGCCCAGCUCACCAGCUCCCUCCCUCCCUCCCUGGCCGACGACCCCAGAGAGCACCGCCUCACCCCACUUCCUGACACCGACGCAGGGCAGAGGGCCCCGACUGCUGUAACCCUCGCCUGGUAACGCACAUACAAGCUCAAGAUGCCCGAGCCAACAAAGAAAGAUGAGAGUCAGCCUGAAGAAAAUGUUGUGCCAGCGUCUGGCGAGGCUCCUCCCCCAGCCGAGAUUGCCCUUGAGGUGUCUCCAUCAGAGGCUGCAGCGGAGGGCAAACACCCAGAGCCCAUAGUGACUCUACCAGAGCAAGAGCCAAUAGCACCCGAGAUCCUAGAGCCACAGCCAAUAGUAACGGAAGUUACUGAACAACACCCAAUAGUGGCAGAGAUCACAGAUCCACAGCCAAUAGUGACAGAGCCAGUAGAGCAUGGACGGGCGGAGCCAGAGCCCACACAAGCUGUUAAGGUGUUAAAGGUGUGUGAGGUUGAGGAGAUUUCCCCCCACCCUCCAAACUGCGCACCUGUGGGUGAAGCAGUGAUGCCUGCUGACGCAGUGCCGAUAGUCACGGUGGUCUCCCCUCCUUCCCCUCCCCUCAAAGAUAAAGAUGAUAUCCCUGCCAGCACUCCAUCACCUCCUCCCCUAUCAGAGGAUGACAAGAAACUUUCUGUUGACCUAUCUAAUGAUAGUGUCCCUGAGUCAACCAAGGGGAGAAAAGACUCAGUGUGGUCUCUGGGGGAUGGUCAGGCUCCCGAAGAUCUUGACAAGCAGAUAGAGAACCCCCCCCUCUCCACUUUACUUAUCGAGAAGCCCCAAAGCGGAUCCAUUUCUGUGGGCGGAGACAUCACCUUCAUCGCCAAGGUAGAGGCCAAGGACUUGCUCCGUAAACCCACCGUCAAGUGGUUCAAGGGGAAAUGGAUGGACCUGGCCAGCAAGACAGGGAAACACCUUCAGCUGAAGGAGAGCUUUGAUCGCAUCACUAAGGUUCACACGUUUGAGAUGCACAUCAUCAAGGCUAAGGAGAACUAUGCUGGAAAUUACAGAUGCGAGGUCACCUAUAAGGAUAAGUUCGACAGCUGCUCUUUUGACCUGGAAGUCAAAGACGUUCCCGAGGCUUCUCAGAGUAUUGACAUUCGGUCAGCCUUCAAAAGAAGCAGUGAAGGCCAGGAUGACGCAGGGGAACUUGACUUUAGUGGGCUGCUAAAACACAGAAACGCCAGAGAGCCCAAGCAAGAAGAGGUGCCGGAGGUAGACGUGUGGGAGAUCCUGAAAAACGCCCGGCCAGACGAGUACGAGAAGAUCGCCUUCAUGUAUGGCAUCACCGACCUCCGUGGCCUGCUGAGGAGGCUGAAGAAGACCAAGAAAGAGGAGAAGAAGAGCGAAGCUUUUGCCAAGAAGUUAGAACCUGCGUAUCAGGUGGAUAAAGGCGGGAAGAUAAGGUUGAUAGUGGACCUGGCUGACCCCACAGUGGAACUGAAAUGGUACAAGAACGGGCAAGAAAUCCGUCCCGCUCCUAAUAAUAGGAAGUAUAUCUUUGAGCACAAGGGCACCCAGCGGAUCAUGGUCAUUAACAAUUGUCAGCUGAACGAUGACGCCGCGUACUCUGUAGUCGCAGGAGAUGAGAAGUCAACCACUGAACUGUUUGUGAAAGUGUUACCUGUGAAUAUUGUCAAAGAGCUGGAGGCUGUGAAGACUACCGUCAACGAAAGGAUUGAGCUGGAGUGUGAGGUGUCAGAGGAGGGGGCACAAGUUAAAUGGAUGAAGAACGGGGUGGAGGUUCCCACUGGGGUGCGUUCAAGAUAUCGUGUGAAAGCUGAAGGCACCAAGCACUGGCUGAUUAUAGAUGACGCCAUGAAGGAGGACACAGGCACAUAUUCCAUCAUGGCCACCGGGGGCACCUCUGAGUCCCAUGUCCAAGUGGACUUGAAGCCUCUGAAGAUCCUUCAAGAUCUGCAGGACAUGAAGAUCCUCUUGGGCAAGCCGCUGAAGCUGCACUGUGAGAUCCUGCCCAUAAACGUCCCCGGACGCUGGUACAGGAACGGGCAGCUUAUCCAGCCCAACGACCGCAUCAGCAUUCUGCACCGAGCCAAGACCCACAAGAUGGAGAUUGAGAGUUCCGUUCUCCACGACGCUGGGGACUACACUUUCGUGCCGGAGGGGUACUCACAGAGCCUCAGUGCCAAAGUCCACAUCAUAGAUCCCCCUAGGGUGCACCUGGAGGCCCUGAAUGCGCCAGACAACACCGUCACCAUUGUGGCUGGAAACAAGCUGCGUCUGGAGGUCCCCAUCAGUGGAGAGCCUGCACCCAGGGUGGUGUGGAUGAAGGGAGAGCGGGUCAUUCUUGAAACAGGGAAUCGAGUUCGUGCUGAAACGUUUACAGACCACACCAGCCUCACCAUUGACGUCGCAGAGCGAGAGGACACAGGGAACUACAAGAUCGUCCUGCAGAACGAAGCGGGAGAAGACACGGCCAGUGUAAAGGUCAAGGUCGUGGAUAUCCCUGAUGCCCCUGGGUCUCCCUUGGUUCCUGAGGUUGGGGGGGACUGGUGUUCAAUGACAUGGGAUCCCCCCCAUUAUGACGGCGGUUCUCCAAUCCUGGGGUACUUCAUUGAACGGAAGAAGAAACAGAGCUCCAGGUGGAUGAGACUAAACUUUGACCUCUGCAAAGAAACCACGUUUGAGCCUAAAAAGAUGAUCGAGGGAGUGCCAUAUGAGGUGCGGAUCUUUGCUGUCAAUGCCAUUGGCGUUUCCAAACCCAGCGAACCCUCCAAACCCUUCAUUCCUCUCGCCGUCACCAGUGAGCCCACGAUGCUUGUGGUGGACGACGUUACCGACACAACUGUGACGAUGAAGUGGCGGCCCCCGGACACCAUCGGCGCCGCUGGGUUAGACGGCUACCGGGUGGAGUACUGCAUUGAAGGAACGGAUGAGUGGAUCGUUGCCAACAAGGAGCUGACAGAGAAAACCAGGUACACCAUCACAGGGCUCACCAUGGAAGACAAGAUACUAGUGCGUGUGAAGGCCAUUAAUGCAGCCGGGGAAAGUCCACCACGCACCACCCAGCACUCCAUCCUGGUCAAAGAGGUCAUCGAGCCUCCUAAGAUCCGCAUACCGCGCCACUUGAAGCAGACAUACAUCCGUAAGGUUGGCGAGGUGGUCAACCUGGUUGUGCCAUUUGUGGGCAAGCCCAGGCCAAAGGUCAACUGGCUGAAGGAUGGCGAGGCCAUCGAACCGUCGCAGGUAAGCAUCCGAAACUCGGACUGCGACAGUAUCAUCUUCAUACGCAAGGCUGAGCGCAAGCACUCUGGGAAAUACAAGCUGACGGUACAGGUGGAGAAACAUAUGGAUACUGCACUUCUGGACAUCCAGAUAGUGGACCUCCCUGGUCCUCCCCAGUGUGUGAGAAUCGAGGAGGUGUGGGGUGUGAAUGUAGCACUGGACUGGACACCACCCAAGGACAGCGGCAAUGCCCCCAUAACAGGGUACACCAUCCAGAAGGCGGAUAAAAAGACCAUGGAGUGGUACACCUGUCUGGAACACUACCACCGUACCUGCAUCACAAUCAGUGAGCUGGUGGUGGGCAAUGAGUAUUUCUUCAGGGUGUUCUCUGAGAACAUGGUGGGUCUGAGUGAGUCUGCUACCACCACCAAAGACAUCGCAGUCAUCAUGAAGGAAGGUCUGCAACUGAAGAGCCCAGAGUACAUCGACUACGACUUCACAGAGGCGCCCAAGUUCACUCAGCCGCUCGUCAACAUCUGUGCCAUCGCCGGCUACAACACUACGCUCAACUGCAGCGUGCGCGCCAACCCUCGGCCCAAAGUGAUCUGGAUGAAGAACAAGAUCAUCAUCGUAGAUGACCCGCGGUACCGCAUGUUCAGCAACCAGGGUGUGUGCAGUCUGGAAAUCCGGAAGCCCAGCCCAUUCGACGGAGGCAUGUACACCUGUAAGGCCAUUAACGACCUGGGUGAGGCGCAGGUGGACUGCAAGCUAGAGGUGAAAGGUGGUUUUACUUUCUUGGAGCUGAUGAAGCGUGGAGUUCCCUUGCAUCUCAUUCAAAAGUACAUGAAGGAAUCAAAGCCCAUGGAGUCUGAGAAGACCGGGUCUGACUGACGGCCGGUUCCCCCCAAAAGCGUCCCCACCGACACCCGUUACUAAGCCCCCAUCAGUGACAUUUGCUGUCCAUCCUUUCACAAUGGCAUGCAGUUUUCAAUCGCUGUCCUGUAGUUCCCCAUAGCAAAACAUGUCCAUAGGGUAUCAGUCAGCUGUGCUACCAUGAAAGUCUGCUUUUCCCAACGCCCACUGAAGCUCAGAUGCAUGUCUUCAGUUGAAUUGGACAGUAGCUUUAAAAUAUGUAAGACAUUGUAGUGUAGAUGAUAUUUGAGACAUCCACUGAAAAACGUGGUGUGGCGUUCAAUUUUUUUGCUUUUGUUCCAGGUUCAGGAAUUACGCCUAGAGGUUGCCACAGGGCUGGAGAUGUAGUUUGAAGGAUGAGAGGAGUUUUGUUGCUGUUGUUUUUAUUUUGCUGUUUUAUUUUUGUUUUUCCUAGAUUUCUAGUCAAUCGAUGUGAACGUAAUGAAAUAAUUCUCUGUGCAAUGUUGGAACAGCAUACAUCAUUACUUAUAGCCAACAUGUCACAUCAGCCCGUAUUUUAAAACUGAACUGGUGCAGAAGAUGAAAUUAUUUGUCUAUGUCAAAGAACAUAUAAUUUCCAUUUGGCGUAGUUGAUUGGAAUAAACGUCACAUUAUGAAAACUA